AUGAGAAUUAUAAGAGCAGCUAAACAUAUCAGGCACUAUGGUGAAAAAUUUAGAUAUGAAUUACGUGUAGAGAAUAUAAGUGUUAUUUUACUUGAAGAGUGUGAAAUAAAAAUAGAUUGGAUUAGAGGGCCAAAGAGAACGUCUGGAAAGGAAAGCGUUUUAUGUGUCAAUGGUAGUACAAUACAUCCAUUUUAUGAAUCAUUAGUAUUAAUUGUAACUUUGUUUCGAAAUUUACCACAGAAAUCUGGAAGACUUACUUCUAAAGGGAGUGAUGAGUAUCUUCCAAAAGAUUCAAGACUAAUUAUAUAUGCAAAAUACAAGGAUAAUCCAAUAGCAGUAGUAAUUGGUGAAGUUCCUUUAGAACUAUCUUCAUUUGUAAAUAAUUAUAAAGGAUUAGAUUCUAAAUUAAUAAGCCCCACAAGAGUUGAGAUUCCACUGAUUAAAUGUUCAGAUCCAAAUGCUUAUAUAGAAUUUUACAUAAAUUGCAUAUCAUUAGGCCAAAUAUCAAAUGAUUUUGAUGAUACGGCAUCAAUGAUGUCUGGUUUUACCACUGUAACUAAUGAAACAUUGCUAAUAGGUACUCUUAAUGUCCCAGAUACUGGAAAUACAACUAUUCAAACGGAAAACUUUAAACCUUCAAAAUAUAUUUUAACUACAAAUUCAAUAAGCAAAAACUCAUCUUCUAAUAUAAUAACAGAAGUAAAAGAAUCGAUAAAUGAAUCUGCAUUAGGUAUACCUAUGUUUUCAAUUAAAGAAGAAACAGAAAUAGAGAACCAUUUAAAUAAAGAAACAGAAGAAAGAACUGAGACUGAAUCAAUUAUUAAUGAAAAUGAUGUAAUUUGUAAAUUUCAAGCUCAACCUAUGAUCAUGUAUAAAACUACACAACCUUAUUAUUCAAAUCCUGUUAUUAACUCUAAUAACAUAAUGAAUACUUCUAUAAAUCAAGAUAUGAGAAAUCCAAAUAUAAUAAAUAAUUUAAAUAGUUAUAAUGAUCCAAAUAUAAUCUCAAAAGGGAUAGAUAUUAACAUAAAUUCUGCAACUAAUUCUUCACCAUCAUCUAAAGAAUUGUUAAUUCAAAGGUUACAAAUGGAACAAGAAGAAUAUAAAAGAAAAUUGGAAGAAUGUAAUAUGGAAAUUAAUUCACUAAAUUAUCAAUUACAAAUAUAUAUUGAACAAGAGAAAUCUUGGAAACAAAGAGAGAGUGAUUUAAUGAAAGAAAUACAACAGCUAAGAGUAGAAACAAAUCUUGGGAAUGAAUUAUAUAAAUCUAAAUCCGAAAUAUUAGGAGAUAUACAAAAUUUCGAUUCUAAAAAUCAAAAAUUUGUUAAUCUUAAUGAUUAUUGCUUACUUCAACAAGAAGUUAGCGAACUUACUGCAAUCCGUGAUGAAUUGAGAAGACUAAGAGAAGCAGAUAAAUAUGUUUAUGAAAGACAUAUUAAGCAAUUAGAAAAUCAAAUGGAAGAUUUACUCAAACAAUUGUCACAAAUACAACAAAUCCAAAAAAGUGACCAUAUUCAAGAUGAAGUAGAAGCAGAAUUCUUUUCACAAAAUGGUAAUUCAAGUUUUUUUGCAACUGCAACAAGUCAAACUAUUGAUUAUAAUACUGGAGGAACCAAUUAUUGUGAAAGUUCUCAAACAAACUUUUUAGGAAAAAAAUCUAAUAUUAUUGUUGAUAAUAAAUUAUUUGAUAUUACUAAUGAUAAUGAUCAAUAUUGUAAGAGUAUAGAUACAUCAAAAAAUAAAUAUGAGAUAGAUGAAAUAGAAAAAGAGCUAAUAAAAACAAAAUUAACAUUAGCACAGACUGAAACAGCGUAUCAAGUAGAAAUUAAUAACCUUAAAACUAAAUUAGAGAAACAAAGAAAGCAAUUGUUAGCAUAUAGUUUGUAUGUAGGUAAUUUGGAAGUAAUAAAUGCAAACUUAAAAUAUGGUACUAAUAGUAUUAUCUCAUCUAAUCAAUCUAUUGAAAAUAAUUAUGAUCAAAGUAUUGAAUCUAAUUACAAUAUAAAUGAAAAUCACAAAAAAGGGAAGAUAUCAAGUAACUACAGAAUAAAAUCUAAUUAUUCUCUAUAUUCAUAUUUAAAAAACAUGAAAUUUAGAUUAAAAUAA